AAUUGAAAAUUGUGUGUCCACGCCAUUUAUGAGGUCGGAGCAUCAUAGACCGUGAGCGGUGAAGGACCAGAAUUCCAAAUUCGUGGGGGCGGAAGCGGUGGCAGUAGGUCCAUUCUGAUGCCAUGAACACUAUUAUUCGCCACCGCCUAAGGCUAAUUCCAACACCUCUUCUCUAUUCUUUCCCCAAAUCCCCUUUUCUGCAAUCCUCUUUCUCCUUCUCAACAACCACUUCUGAUCCCGUCUCCUUCACUCUAUCCUACCUCACCAACACCUGUGGCUUCUCACCCGAGGACGCACUAAAACUAUCCAAACGGCUUCGUUUCAACACCGCCCUCGGUUUUUCCGUCAUCUCCUUCUUCCGAACCCACGGUUUCUCCGCCGCGCAGAUCUACCACGUUUUCAAUAAAGUCCCCGAUGUCAUGCUAUACCACCCCACCCGAAGGAUUCUCCCCAAAUUUCACUUCUUAGCCUCCAAAGGCGCUUCUCCCUCCGACACCGUUCUCAUAGUCUCUAAGAAUCCCCGUUUCCUCCAUCACAACUUCAACAACCGCAUCUCUUCUACCUUCCAACUGCUCCGAACGUUCUUUCCCUCCGACCACGAAGCCCUCGCUGUUCUCAUUGCCUGUCCCAAUAUCAUCACCGACUAUCGCAUCGCGUCCAACGUUGACAUGUUGCUCGAAGCUGGAGUCACGCACUCCGGCAUUCGGCACUUGCUCCACUCUCGGCCUUUGGUUCUCUGCUCCAACCUGAGAACAACCUUGGAGGAAGUGAAGCUGUUGGGUUGUGACCCUUUGAAGCUGAAUUUCGUUGUGGCCCUCGAGGCCAAAUGGGCUCUUCCAAAAUCCCUUUGGGAUGCCAAAGUCGACGCCUUGAAGAAAUGGGGUUGGUCUGAGGAUGAGGUUCUGGUUGCGUUUAGGAUCCAACCUUCAAUGAUGCUGCACUCCUCGGAGAAACUUAAUGCAGUGACGGGGAUUUGGGUUGGUCGGCUUGGAUGGGAUCGCUCCGUGCUUAUUGCGUACCCAUCGUUGUUUUUCUGCAGUUUGGAGAAAAGGAUUGUUCCGAGGGCUUUGGUUUUGGAGCAUCUUCUCUCCAAAGGAUUAGUGAGGAAGGAUAUUAACUUGUACACACCGUUUAGAAUGACUGAUGAGGUGUUUCUGCAGAAGUAUGUGAAACGUUUCGAGCAGGAAACGCUCAGGUUACUAGAGCUAUAUCGGGAGGGAGACGGAACAUGCCAGCAUCUGCGUGUUUAGAUUUAAUUCGUGUACAUACAGAUUUUGGUGUGAUUGAUACAGGAGCGCGAAAUUUUUUUCGUUGUGGAAAGCCUUUGCAGUGUUGUAGCAUUUUUAUACACGAGAGCAAGAGGCUGUACAAAUCAAAUUUCUUUCCACUGUGGUGGCAAUUCAAUUUCAGCCACAGAGUAGAACUGAUGAAAUAUCAGAAAUGCUUGCGUGUUCCAGGGAAAUCUGGGUGAUUGAAUGAAUGGUUUGUCUGAGAAAUUGUUUGCAAAUUUUGUUGUGCAAAGCUUUUUGACUUCUAUAAGUAUUCCUUCUAGAUUUUCUCUUGCCAAAUGAGCUCUGAUUUUGUCGUGAAUUUUAAGAAAGUUUAUCCUUUUUACAGGGCAGAUGCUGUUUUCGUGGAACAAGAAGAUAAAGCGAAUCAUGUUGUUUCAUUGAAUUACUGCUUUUUCUAACCAAAAGUUUUAUCACUUGUAAGGGUCGAGAGUUCUUUUCCUCCAAGACAUAUAUAGGGUGCCAGGAACUUAGUAGACAAGAUGAGAAAACAGAAGGAGAAGCAUCCAACACAAAUACAUGGUGAAGAAUUUAUAUAAAGAAUGUGACCCACAAAACUGAAAGCAGUUAAACUCAGCACCCUUCACUAUCUCUCAAAGGAAUUAAUGCAAGAGUGUGUCUGACUUCAUAAGCUUUGUGACAAAGAAAGAUGGUAAACGCUGGAAUCGCUUGGUUUUGAUGACUAUGCAGAGCCAUUGAGAAGGUAUUUGCACAUAUAUAGAGAACUAGAAGUAGAUAGAUGAGAUAACCAAGAGAUAGAAGCCGCCCAAAAGAGAAGGUUUAUGGAUUGUGAUCAAGUAGUUGUUGUUGUAAUUCAAAAUAUUACAUAACUGUAAUAACUGCAUUGAGUUUUGGCAGUUAUUAGUUUCUAUUACGUUUCUGUUCUGUAUAAAAUACUUUGUAUCCUCCACUUUCAGUGCAAUGAGAAAUACAUUCUAAUUUCUCUGCUC